AUGGACAUGAAUCUCUUUCCCAUAGGUUGCACCAUGUCCAAGGACGAAGAGAAGGAUGUCCGAAGAACAUAUCUUCUACGGGUUGCCAGUCAUAUCCUCGGGUUAAACAUCGUCGAAGAGAAACUUCGGCAACUUCAACCAAUUGAGACCUUCUGUGAUACAAACGCCACAUUGCUCACCAUACGGCUUCUCACGAACAGCCACACUUCAUGCCAGCAAGUCUUCGAGCGACGAACUCGAGAAAUCCCUAAGGAGAAGGGGGAGGCAGGCGCUGACGGCUCUAUAUGUCUGAACACAGUCAGACUUUCGAGAAAACGUGGUCUUUCAAAAACCUUCCAAUAG